UUUUUUAUCUAUCGCAUACAUUUCUCUCUCCCUUUCUCUCUUGUUUCUAUGGCUGCAGCAACGGAUCCAGUAGUUACACAGUACUCACAUACUGCUCUACCGCCAAUACUGACCAGCGUCAAGAAGCUUUCAGAGUCAUCACAAGUCACUUCUAUUCCUUCGACUUAUACAUACCCCGUUAAUCCUCAAGAUGAGUCAGUUUUGAUAGAUUACGAUUCAAAAAUCCCCAUCGUUGACUUCUCUCUUCUCACAUCUGGUACUCCGGAGCAGAGGUCCAAAGCCAUCAGCGACCUUGGUAAAGCAUGCGAGGACUGGGGCUUUUUCCUGGUGAUCAAUCAUGGUGUUCCUGAGGAGCUGAUGAAAGCGGUCAUGGAUGGAAGUUUAAGAUUUUUUUAUCUGAGUGAGGAGGAGAAGCACGAGUAUCAAGGGAAGCAUGUAUUGGACCCGAUAAGGUGUGGCACCAGCUUCAAUGCUUCGGUGGAUAAAGUCUUGUUUUGGAGAGAUUUUCUCAAGGUUUUUGUAUACCCUGAGUUUCACUUCCCUGAUAAACCCGCUGGCUUCAGUCAACUUUCAUCCGAGUAUUGCAAGAGAACAAAAGAAGUUACAAGGGAACUACUAAAAGGAAUAUCACUGAGCUUAGGAUUGGAAGCUGACUACUUAGAUACGGCCUUAAAUGUGAAAUCCGAAGGUUUACAGGUCUUCAUUGCAAACUUGUAUCCUCCUUGCCCACAGCCAGAGCUUGCACUGGGCAUGCCCCCUCAUUCUGAUCAUGGCCUUCUCACCCUCCUCAUUCAAAAUGGAAUUAAUGGCCUUCAAGUGCAACACGAUGGCAAGUGGGUCAAUGUCAACGCCAUACCCAACUCCUUUCUUGUUAACACUGGCGAUCACCUUGAGAUCUUUAGCAAUGGGAAGUACAGGAGCAACAUACAUCGAGCAGCGCUAAACAACAAAGGUACAAGAAUAUCUAUUGCCGUUCCAACUGGUCCAUCUCUAGAUGUAGUUGUGACUCCGGCAUCAAAGUUGGUAGAAAAUGGAAAUCAUCCACCAGCAUAUGUUGGGAUGAAGUAUAAGGAUUACCUAGAACUUCAGCAAAGCAGCAUGCUUGAUGGGAAAGCGGUCUUAGAUCGUGUGCGUAUUUAAAAUAUUUGAAGACUCUGAUGGCUUGGUGUCUGGUAUUCUUAUUAGUGACAUAUUACAGUAAACAAGUUGGGAAGGAGAUACAGAAUUAGCAAAAUAAGCUACAAAUAAAUUGCUACUUCACCAUAAACUUGUAAUCUUUUUUUUUUUUUUUAUCAAAUAAGAACUUCAUUAAUAAUGAACUGCGUACAACGAGUUUUAGGCGACA